AAAUGGCCCAUCCCAAGAGCAAAACCUAAUAAAGAAUUGAGAAGGCAAAUAAUUUUCACUGAUAUUAGUUUGCUGUUGAAUUCAGGAAAUUCAAUAAAUGGCGUACUCUUAGCAAUGUUGACUAAAUUCUGGAGAAAAUUGGGAUAGAAUGGUUGGAUUUUAACAUAUGCUACUUUGGGAAUAUAUUCAAAUCAAUUCUUAAAAUGACAAGUAUGAGGAUUUUGCUGCAGUUGAUGAAUAAAAGCAAAGGAGACUACUAAGACCAAUCCAGUUGAACAAAGUACAACAUAUAAACAACAGAGAUUCCACCUGUUUAGUCAGAGAUAUGCAAACUCAUUGCAUAUAUAUAAAACAAAAUUUGUUGAUAUGUAGUCACAUUGUAAACAUUAAUGUCAAUGCUCAGUGGAUGAACAGAGUUUUAAAUGCAGGUUUGAAAUUCCCACCACCUAUAUACAAAUGUAUCAGUGGUACUAAGAGGAAAAGCAAGAUUGUUACAUGGAAUAACAAUGGAUCAACGGACCCCCUUGAUCUUGACUCAAAUACUUUUAAUAUUCACAGGAUUCAUAAUCCUAAUCUCAGCUCAGACAAAUGACCAAAUUCUACUUCAGCAAAGAAGGCCAAAAAUAUCACGAAUAAAAAGACAAGGAUCAGUUUGUGAUCCAAACCCUUGCUUCCUUCCCCCAUAUUGUGAAAAUCUCUCAAUAUGCCGCCCUGACGCUCUUUGCAAGAAAGAGUGUAUUUGUGCCAAAGGUUGGAGUGGUCCGCUAUGUACAAAAGCAGUAUAUACAGAGGCUCCUUCGUCUGUUACAAGUUCUCAAGCUGAGGGCUCUGAAUCUCUUUGCAAAUUCAAUCCCUGUCUAGGCACACAAUGUCACAAUUAUGGACAGUGCAGGGUUAAUUCAAUCAACUGUACAGCAAUUUGUGAUUGUCCUAAAGGGUUCACAGGUUCACGUUGUGAGACACUAGCGUGUGAUCCAGAAUGUAAGAAUGGCAGAUGUGUGCUUCCAAUUUCCUCGGGACAUUUAUUUGGUGAAGAUUUUGGUGUGCCAUCAAUUCCAAAGCCUUCUUGUAAUUGCUACAAAAGCUGGAGUGGUGCGGCUUGCGAUGAAAAACUAAAUGAAACAAAAUGUCCGCUCACUUGUGAAAAUGGGGGACUUUGUGAGGUCAUUAAUGUAAGUGUGGGUCAUUCAACAAUAUACACAAAUCAAGAUGCCUACCAAUGCAAAUGCUUCAAUGACUCCUAUGUAGGAGAUCUGUGUGAAGAUUUUUGCAAUAUCACAUGUGGACCAAAUGGACACUGUGAAGUGUUGGGUGGAGUAUCAUGGUGCAUUUGCAAGACAAACUGGAGUGGUGAAUCUUGCACCAAAUAUGAGCCACUGAAGUAUCCUGAGACAACACCUCAGUGGUACUGGUAUGUUGUGGGUACAGCUAUAGGCCUAGCAGUGGUUCUACUGAUCUUGCUAUUUGUUAUCCCAUAUGUCAUGUGGCAGAAACGUGCCAUAAUCAUCAUGAAGAUACGCCACUACUUCAAAGGUUAUGAAGAUGAUGAUGGCAAAGAGUAUGAUGCCUUCAUCUCCUACAGAUCUACACAGCGUGAUCAAAACUUUGUUGUUAACAAAAUGUUCUAUACUCUAGAAAACAUUAUGGGAUUUAAAACAUGUGUACAUUUCCGUGAUUUCAUCCCAGGGACAGCAAUUGCAGACAAUAUUGUAAAUGCCGUUCAAACAAGUCGUCGCACAAUUCUCAUAUUGUCCCCCGAUUAUAUCAAAGGAGAAUGGACACGUUUGGAAUACCAACUCGCACAACAAGAAAUGCUCAAGCUUAGAAAUCGCAUAAUUCCAGUAAUGCUUGAGGACAUAUUGGAUGAGAAAAUUGAUGAGAAUCUCAGAUACAUUAUAGAAUCCGUAACUUAUAUAAAAUAUCCUCUUGGAGAAGAGGACUCAAAGGCUGAGACAGAUUUUUGGGAGAGAAUCAGACUUGCAAUGCCUAAAAAGAGGCCACAUAAGGAUGAAAAUUCAGAUUUAAAGACAAUAGUAGAUAACGGUAUUGUUAAUCCAAACUAUGAUGAUAAUGUUGUGACUAAACGAGCCACUAACUCUCGCACAGAGUCUAAUUCAGAGUAUGACACGCCAAUGCAAGUCAUGUCUCAAUUGUGAACAUUGCUUGCAAAAAUUAUUGAACAACUUGAAGUUUUUCCCAUAUUGUACAUAUAUAACUAACAUAAAUAUUGUUAGAAAUCCGAAAUAAAUUGAUUAGAAAUCCCCAUAGCUAUCCAUAACAGUAUUACACAAGGUAAAAUAACAUCAGACAAUUGCACAACAAUAUGCAGAUCAGAUUUAUACCAAUGCCUCAUCUCCAUCAGUCUGUCAAAUAAUAAUAGCAUACAAAUGAUGAUAACGGAAUAAACAAUUGAUGACACACACUUAAUCCUGAAUCUACAAAAAUACUUUCAAUUCAAAAUAUGGACCAUCCUAUAAUUUACACCAUCAAUUGACUUUAAGACAAACCUUUUCUUCUUUUCUGUAAAUAGAAGUUUAAAAAUUGUUAAAGAAAGAAUUAAGAGGUACAUGUAUUACUAAGGUCAAGAUCAGUCUAUUCAUGGUAGAAAUUGUUACAUACGAGGGUAUAUCAUAAAGU